GCCGGCAGCCAGGAGCCGGGAGCGGGGAGCCAAGAGCCGGGAGCGGGGAGCGGGGACGGGCGGGACGGCGCGGCCGGUUGUGUCCCCACAGCAGGUCCCGAGGUGCUGAUGUGACACCACCACUGCCUGCUCCUUGCCAGGGCUAUGGGGAAACUGCAGAGUAAAAUCAGCUUCCACACCAGCAAAUACAGGGCCGAGGGCUCCGUGGGACAGCCAGGACCUGGAGCCUGCCAGCAGCACAGCCCCGCUCACACCGACGCUGUCACCUCUGUGGCUGCUCUCAAACCUGACCUGUGCGUCUCAGGAGGAAGGGACAAGAGUGUGGCUGUGUCCAGCUGGAGAUCUGGGGCUGCCCUGCGCCGCUUCCUCGGCCACGAGCGCGAGGUCACCAAGGUCACCUCAGCCCUUGACUCCAGCAGAGUCUUCAGUGCAUCCCGGGACAGGACAGUGAUGAUGUGGGAGCUGCACGGGCCUUCGGGGCCAAGGCAGCACUUCCCAGGACAUGACCUGGUUGUUACAGGACUGGCUGUGAGCCCAGAUGCCUCCCAGCUGUGCACGGGCUCCCGGGACAACACCGUGUGCAAGUGGGACACCGAGACCGGGGAGUGCCUGGGCAGAGCUGCAAUCUCCAGGAAUCUGGUCACACACCUGUGCUGGGUUCCUGGGGAGCCUUAUGUCAUCCAGACCUCAGAGGAUAAAACCACCAGGGUGUGGGACAGCCGGGAGCUGCAGGUGGCACACACCUUCCCAGCCAAGCAGCAGGUGCAGACGUGCUGUGACGCCAGCCAGGACGGGCGGUACUGCCUGAGCAGCAGCAGCGGCUGCGCCGGCCACGGCGCCGAGGCCACCCUCUGGGACCUGAGGCAGACCAGGAGCCGAGUGUGUGAGUACAAAGGACAUUUCCAGACCACCACCUCGUGUGUUUUCCUGCCCCGGGGCCCCUCCCUCGCCCCCAGCAUUGCCACAUCCUCCAGCGACGGCACAGUGAAGGUCUGGGACCGAGACACUGCAGCCUGCCUGGCCACGCUGUGCCUGGAGGGCUCGGGGCCGCUGGCCUCGCUGGCUGCGUGUGACAGCUCCACCCUGCUCUGCGCCAGCUCCAACUCCGGCAUCCACGUGCUGCGGCUGAGGGGCGGCCCCGAGCCGGCCCUGGAGGAGGUGGGAGCGUUCUGAGCACUGGAACUUGUCAGACACUGGCCCUGGAGGAGGUGGCAGCGUUCUGAGCACUGGAACCUGUCAGACACUGGAAACCCUGUCAGACACUGGCCCUGGAGGAGGUGGCAGCGUUCUGAGCACUGGAACCUGUCAGACACUGUCCCAGGAGGAGGUGGCAGUGUUCUGAGCACUGGAACCUGUCAGACACUGUCCCAGGAGGAGGUGGCAGUGUUCUGAGCACUGGAACCUGUCAGACACUAAAACCGCUGUCAGACACUGGCCCUGGAGGAGGUGGCAGCGUUCUGAGCAUUGGAACUUGUCAGACACUGUUCAGGCUCUAGAACUGCAAUCCCAAAAUACAAACACUUGGGAAAGGAAUCCUCUGCCAAGACACACAAACUUCAAAUUGUCUUUUGCAUCAGGGAAGGAAGAAUAGCCCAAGUGCUUUACCCACAGGAUCAAAGGUAAAUGUGCUGAGAAGAAAGACGUAACACAAGAACUUCCCCUAUCCUGCAGCCAAAAUCUCCUGGAAUCACAGAACCAUGGAAUACCCUGAGCUGGAGGGACCCCCCAGGAUGACCCAGUGCAGCCCCUGUCCCUGCCCAGACCCCCCAACAAUCCCCCCUGUCCAUCCCUGGUGUCCAAACGCUCCUGGAGCUCUGGCAGCCUCGGGGCCGUGCCCAUUCCCUGGGGAGCCUGGGCAGUGCCAGCACCUCUGGGGGAAGAGCCUUGCCCUGAGCUCCAGCCUGAGCCUGGGCAGUGCCAGCACCUCUGGGGGAAGAGCCUUGCCCUGAGCUCCAGCCUGAGCCUGGGCAGUGCCAGCACCUCCGGGGGAAGAACCUUGCCCUGAGCUCCAGCCUGAGCCUGGGCAGUGCCAGCACCUCUGGGGGAAGAACCUUGCCCUGAGCUCCAGCCUGAGCCUGCCCUGGCCCAGCCCCAGCCAUUCCCUGGCUCCUGUCCCUGUCCCAGGGAGGAGGGAUCAGAGCUGCCCCUCAGGAUGAG